AAAAACUCUUGUCUACUUGAGACAAGUGUGAAUGUUGCAGUUGGCCACCUUGAUUAGCAUUGAAUGGAUUUGCAGAUUCAGAGCCUGGCUGCUUCCUGUUGGGGAGAUCCUUUGUUGGGAGGUGUUAGCUGGCCCUGAUUGAUCCUUGUCAGGAAUCCCCUGUCUUCUGAGUGUUAUUCUUUAUUUACUGUCCUGAUUUUAGAGUUUUUUAUAUAUUGGUAGCUAGAUUUUGUUCAUUUUCAUGGUUUCCUCCUUUAUGUUCAAAUUGUCCACACGUUGUGGAUUUCAGUGGCUUCUCUGUAUAGUCUGACAUGGUGGUUGUUAGAAUGGUCCAGCAUUUCUGUAUUCUCAAAUACUGUAAUAUGCUGUGUCCAGAUUGGUUCAUCAAAUGCUCUGCUAUGGUGGACUUCUCUGGUUGAGUUAGUUUGCAGUACCUUUUGUGUUCCUUGAUUUGUGUUUGGUCAAUGCUGCAUUUGGUGGUCCCUAUGUAGACUUGCCCACAGAUUCAUGAUAUAUGGUAGACUCCUGCAGAGAUGAGAGGAUCCCUCUUGUCCUUUGCUGAACAUAGCAUUUGUUGGAUUUUCUUAGUGGGUCUGUAGAUAGUUUGUAGGUUAUGUUACUUCAUCAGCUUCCCUGUGCGGUCAGUGGUUCCCUUGAUGUUUAUUUUGAUUACACUAUGUAACACAUUUUUUGUUACUGGUUUAUAAAUGUCAUCUCCUAAUUGGUUCUCUCAUAAAACAUGGGAAAAGUUUACUAAAACUGCAAAAACAGUGCUCUCUGUGGCACGAAUUGGACCUCAAUUGUGUGAGUUUGGAUUGUGUUAAUUUGUGUUGAUGAAGAGGGAGCCUUGUCUUUGGUAGGCAGCUGUUCUGAAAGGCUUCUGGAAUCAUAUGAUUCUUGCCAGCUGGUUGGGUUGGCAAUGGCUGAAAAGCCCUUAGUGUAAAGAAGUAUGUAUGCCUGGCCUUCAGUUGCCCAAAGAAUGAAGAAGGGAUGAUGGGGAAAAGAGUGACUAUAUAAUAGGAAUAAUACUUAUUGUAUGCUCGGUUUAAUUUUCUUCCUUCCAGGGGUGAUGAUAAAAUUGAAAGCAAUACAUUUUUAUCCUGUUGUUGAGUGUCAGCAUCUUCUUCAUGGCCAAGAGCUCUCUACCCAACAAGAAAUGCGUAAAAGAGGAAACGCGCUUGGUGCUGGAAGCAUUCCUGCAAAGGGCUGCACUCAACGGACGGCCGCCAGGUCAUGUGGGCCGGAGCUACCAUGACCCCCAAAGUUAUAUGUAUAGAUCUCCAAUUGAACAUGCCCCGAACUGUCCAACUUGGACCACUGUCCAUGAGGAAAUUAACCGUGUGGAGGAGAAAAAGCAUGGCUGCAGCACCAGUUUCAAGCGUUUCUUGCGGCGUCGACCCAGUCCGCAGAAAACCCCAGACAGCCCAACUGCCUCCAAGGACUCCUUAAAGCGGCCCAAGGCAGGGGGAGAAACCGGGGAAAAGGCCCGCCAGAAACGCUUCUCCUUCAAGAAUCUCCUGAAGAAGAAAGGAUCCACUUCAGGGGAGACAGCAAACCCCUCUGCUCCCCCUCAGCGCCCAAACACAUUGCCUCUUGUUCACUGCUAUUGUGGAAGUCAACCAGAGGAGCGACAGGGAGCCCAGGCAGCUGAUCAUGAUGCUGAAGGUGCUGAGCUUUAUACACUGGUGGCCCAGAAACUGGACUACUUGGUGAAACAGCAACAGUUGAUCAGCCCCGCGAAACCAAAAACCUGGCCUCUUUCCAAACAGCAGCUCAACUCUCUUCCCACAGACACACGAUCCAGCACACCAGUCAGUUCAGAGGAAGUGCCAGUGGAACUGGAUGAGAAGCAGAAAGAGCAGAUCUUCCAGAAGCUGAUUACUCUCCUUGAAGAGCAGGCUGGAAACAUCAAUGCGAAGAUUGAGGCUGACUCGUUUCUACGCAACUCCCUCACCCGCCUCUCAUAUGGUAGUUUUUCUCGCCUGGUGGAGGCCUUCACCUCACGCGCCACGUCUGGCGCUCCCAGUCCACAGCUGGCCAAACUGGCUCUCACCAUGGAGCUGACACGGAAAGUGGCCGGCAUCAACAGCCAUGCAGUACACACUCUCAUGGGCUACAGCCUGCAGUAUAUGGAUAUGUUUAUACCUUGGCUGCAGCAGCAAGGUGGAUGGGAAAAAAUUGUAGGCCAAGAAGAGAUAUUUGACCUGCAGCUCGACUAGUCCUCAAUCAGUGUCAAAGAUGUAACUGGGAGACAGAAGAGCCUUUGGGAGUUUUGUUUUAAAAAAUGACUGCUGGUGGAACCGUUAGCUUUUUAAAAAAAUUCCUCAUGGAAAUUUCCAUAUCCUCUUCCAAAGUGAAAGCCAAUCAAAGGAAACAGUUGUCCUAUGAACACUAAGUGGAGUUUGGUUUUUACUGUACUUCUAGGAUUAAGACAUCAGCAUUGAUUAGUUAUGAAUGAUAUCAACAAUUGCACUACUUGACGGGCUGUGUAUAUACGACAAGACAGUUCUUGUAAAAUUUGGAUUUUUCUUUUUAAAUACGACACUUUAAAAGAAGGAGAAGGGAAAAGCCUAACAAAUUGCAUGAAAUUUUACUUUGCUGAUGGAAAAAAAGGACUUGUUAGAUGUGCCAGUUUAUUCUCUGUGACAGAUUUCCCCAACCUGGUGUCCUUCAGAUAUCUGAAUUACAGUCACCCUUCACGUUUGUGGAUCUGACAUUUGCAGAUUUUAUUAAAAAGUUUGUUCUAGGAUUCUCUACAUCUUCCAGUAUAACUUUGUUGGAUGUUGACUAGAGUCAUGCUGGAGGACAUAGAGUAAGGGUGUCAAACUCAUUUUCAUUGAGGGCCACAUCAGCCUUAUGGUUCCUUCAAAGGGCCGUUGAAUCCAUGGGUGGAUACAGAGGGAGAUAUAUAUAUAUAUAUAUAUAUAUAUAUAUAUAUAUAUAUAUAUAUAUAUAAAAACAUAGUGGUUGGUGUUCUUUAGUUUUUAACCGACUCUAGGUCGCUAGAUGUUAUUUAACAACUCCCAACACUUUCGAUUAUAACAACUCCCAUCACUUUUGUGGACUGGGGAUAAUGGAGAUUGCAACCCAACAGCACUUGUGGUCCAGAGGUUGAAGAAAAGUUAAAGGGCAUCAUAUUCAAAGGCUUUGUAUUUAAAUUCAAACUCCACUCUCCUGACUCAACAAAACAAAUUGCAGCCUUUCAGAUGAGCUGUAUCACAACUCUCAUUAGCUCUAGGAAUGAUGUCUCAUGAUGAGGAAUACAAGAGAUGUAGUCCAGAAUCUGAAAGGCCACAUAAAAUGACAUGGUGGGACAGAUUCAGCCCGCAGGCCUUGCCUUUAAAAUGUGACCUAGAGAGUAAUAUAGAGAACACCUCUCUAGAAAGCUCUAGGUCUUCCAUACAAUUCUAUGGUCAAUUUCCAGUUCCAGUUCACAUAGUGUCAUGCUGGAGGACAUAGAAAUUCUUAGAGAGGUAUUAUCUGAAGCAAAAAAAAGCCAUUUUCCACUUUUGUCUAAUUCCAGCAAAUGUGAAAGGAUGACUGUCCUUGACCAUAGGCCAAGUUUGUCAAGCUAAUGCAAGUUGCAUUUCAAAGGACCUGAUAGACAACAGAUUAGAGAAAGCUGGACUUUUUAAAAAAUUAUUUCUUUAGGAAAUGAAACAAUACCUGAGAUUUCUAGGAUUAACAGGAAGGACAUAGCCCUCUCAUCCUUUAAAAUGUCAUUGCUUUUUGGGACAGUGCAAUAUCUUGCUGUGUAACUAAUUUCAAAGUUCCACCUCAUUCUCAAGGAAAUAUGCAAAGGUUUGUAAUGUAAGGAGCCCUUAAAUUACAACCUUGUUCUGUGAUAAAUAUCUCUGGAAAUUGAGGCUUUCCUUAGAAGCUGUUUUAUGACGUUAGGAUAAGGAGUUGCUCAAAGCAGGGCCUUUGUGCUCACUUUAUUUUACAGGUGCCAACUGUUGCUUUCCCAAGUUUUUUUUUACAAGAGUUAAUUCUGGUUUCUUUGUGUGACUUGUUUUUUGUUUUGCUGUUUUUAAAAAAUAUAUUUAUUGUGUUGUUUUACUGCUUGUUAAUUUUAUUGAUUUUAUAGAAGCUUUUGAAGAGUGGGAUCAAUGCUGUAAGAUCCCUAUAAACAUGGAACCUAUAUCCAUGGCUUCACUUAUCCACACCAGAGGAAAAAUGAUCUCUGGGAAUUUGCUAGGUUUUCCAGGUGAUUCUGUAGUAUGUUUUCUCUGGAAGUUACCAUAGGGUUGCACUGGAGGACCUAGCAAAUUCCUAGAGAUAAUACUUAUAUAGGAAUCUUUAGAUCCUAGUGCAUCACUAUGAUAUGCUGGGACUGGAAGUCAUGUGAUUUAAUAGUGUUCAGUUAUAUCCCAGUGGAUAUGAGGGUCCUACUAUACAUGGGAAAUUUAUCCUGUACAAAAUGUACUUGCAAGCUAGUUCCAUUAAAGAAUGUGAAACACAAUGUGAAAAUUUACAGAAUUUUAACUGCAAAUCUCUGAAAAUAAUUUAAUCCACAAACUCAGGGAUUCGAGUGUGUUUCUGUGAAGUGUAAGCUUCUUUGAAGCACUGUUUAUUUUAAAAUAAAACCUUUUAAUCAAAAUAUA